UGUGGCGCUGCACAAUGUUUUCUCAAGUAUCGUACGUAUGAUUGUUUAUCCGCCAUUUUGUUCUGCUAUCGUACGCGCAGUUUUCGGUGGCACAGUAAUCUAUUUUAAGAUGAAUAUAAGCUACUGAGACAAAUUAAAUUGUACACCAGUAGUACUUUAUCAAUCUUUUAUACAUUUAUGAGAAAUAUCAUUAUUCGAAGAAUGUAAUAGUCGGUUUCUUAUGAUGUGUCGUGAUGGCAUGACAAGUUACAUCUGACCCAACUUUCCUGACUUUUGAGGCCAAAUGACGAUUAUUAAAUAAAACGGACGAUUUUUACUUCGUUCGUCAAAUCAAUCUGUAUAUUACAGCUACAUUAGUUACCAUUUUUUGGACCGAUUUACGAUUUUAUUAUUUUCUUAUCAAAAACAAACUAUACCAAAAUGUCAGGGCAAAGUGGUGGACAUCGAAUAUGCUUGGCCAAACUUAAUGAACAAUUGAUAUGUAAAUUGUGUCAUGGAUAUUUUAUCGAUGCAACCACCAUUAUAGAAUGUUUACAUUCAUUUUGCAGAAGUUGCAUUGUUAAAUAUCUGGAAAACAAUAAAUAUUGCCCUAUCUGUGAAGUACAGGUUCACAAAAGCAAGCCGUUAUUAAAUAUACGUCCUGAUCAUACGUUACAGGAUAUUGUUUAUAAACUGGUACCUGGAUGCUAUCAAAACGAAAUGCGAUGUCGAAGAGAAUUUUAUGCACAACAUCCAGAAAUAUGUAGUCAAUCAAUGUCUCCAGAAGCCCGUGGAGAACCUAUAGACUCAUAUAUAUAUUCACCAGAUGAAUCUCUCAGCUUGUCCUUGGAAUACUUUAAUUCCUGUACAAAAGAUUUAAAUGAGAUAAAUGCUAUGAAGGAUGGAAAAUCUCUUUUAAAACGAUAUUUCCGAUGUCCUGCAGCCGUUACAGUAUUCCAUUUACAAAAAUUAAUAAGAGCCAAAUAUGGCCUUAGUGAUGCAAAUAGAGUUGAUAUUAUGUAUGAAGAAGAACCAUUAUGCAGUAGUUAUACGUUAAUGGAUGUAAUGUAUAUCUAUCACUGGAGGCGGAAAGUACCAUUACAUUUAAGCUAUAGAAUAUUUGAAACAUCUUCAAAACGCUUAAGAUUAUCAGAAGAUAAUGCAAAUUACAAAAAAUCAUUAAUAAAUACUGGUAUUGAUUCCAUAGAAUUAAAAGAUGAAAAAUUGUUGAAGCGCGAAUGGAAAGAGGUGCAAUUAAAAAUAUCGGAAACGGGUGUGAUGAGUAUAACCGAUAUAUCGAAUACAGUACAUAAACGGGACGCAGAACUCGAAAAUUUACAAGAUAAGAAAACUUCAGAGGAAACUGUGACCGUUACAGAGAUUAAAGCGGAAUCAGUGAUAGAAAAUUGCAAUACGUCUAAUUCUUGUGUAGAUGUAAUGCAAUCAUCGCUGGUUAUUGGUUCACAAAUGACAAAAGACUCAUCAUUUUCUGACACGAGCAAUGCAUGCCUCGUUACGAGUGACAUUAAAUUUACAAACGAAAAUUCGUCAACUAAGAAUUACACACCGUUAACUAAUCAACACAAUGGGACUAUGACAACACAAGCAAAUAAAACAGAAAAUCAUUCUGCUAUGGCAAAAUCACAAGAUACACAAGAAAUAAAAACCUAUAAUCAAAUCGCUAAUGUUGAAGAUAAAGCUGAAGCAGUUUUGCAAAGGCCAAAAGUUGUCAGUCACUCAGGAACGCAAUCCACAGAAAAAAGUGUAAUUACUGAAGAUACAAAAAGCAUAGAUACACAUGCGAAAAAGAUGUCAAUAAAUAAUAAUAAUAAUAAUAAUAAUAAUACGGAUUUUCAAAGUGAAACUGAGAAGGAAUGUAGAAAAGAUACGAGCGAAAUGAAAAUGGGAAAUGCUGGAUCAAAAAUUGAUGCGUUAAGCGUAAAAUUACAGUUUCAUCCGAAAAUGGGUCAAGUUAAUAACACUUAUUCCAAAAAAGGACCGAAGGAGAAACGAACGACUUUUCAGCAAAGUACGAAAAAAUCUGAUGUAAAAUCAUCAUCGACUGAAAAUAUAAAAUUCACUGAUGCGAAGACACGAACAAAUUGUGGGAAUAUAACUAGUAAAGUGCCAGUUUCUAUGGCAACUUCUUCACAAAAAUCGAUUAUGUCCACUGUAGCAUCACAAAACGUUUCAGAUUCUUUGUCCGGAUCUGACAAACAAAAAGUUCUCGACGAGAAGGAUAAUCAAAGUAUCGAUUUGCAACAAGCUUUGAAUUUGUUGGAACAGAGAAAUGCAUCGGCAGUACAAGCAUCAACGGAAUCUAUCGCCAGAACAAGUCAUACCGUCAGUAUGAUUAAUCAAAAAUUACAAAGCAAUAAUAUAACUAUGAUAAAUGAGAAUGUCGGGUCUACUGUACCAAAUGUUUCUACAUCCACAAUUAAUCAGCCAACAUCAACAUUUUCUUUUACGCUUCACGAUAUCGUAACUAAUUCGGCCGUCCUGAAACCAGCACUCAAGAAUUCCAACAAUAGUUCUAUACCUCAGAAACCAUCAGGAAUGUUACCCAUUGCUUGUUCAACUUCCAACAAUCAAAUGUCCUCGAUGUCUCAGUUCAACAUGCAAACAUCAUCUAUGAAUAUAUAUUCCAUACCUACAUCACUGAAGAAUAAUUAUAAUGCGAGUCAAGAUGUAACUACCGUAACGGCUACAUCGACAGCAACAAUUACGGCGAUAUCGAAACCAACAUCGACAGGAUGUCCGAUACCUCCAUGUCCAGAUGCGAUCCCUAUAUCUCUUAUGAAACAAAUGUCUAUGCGCAAACAGGACGUAACCGCUAAGGGUACAAACUUGAAUGAAAUUUGUGCAAAAAUUGGCUCGAACACGAUUGGCUCGAAAAUUAAUGAUAUCUGCGCAAAGAUAGGAGAAAAUUCAAAGGAAAAGAACAGGAUGGAAGCACAAAACAAAUCAGAUGUGCCGGAUCUGCUUAGAAUAAAUACAAAAAAGAGCUCCUCACCGUUGUUACCUAAUUCAGAUACGAUGAACAAGCAUAUACCAAAUAUUCCAAAUGUACCGAUUUACACUCCAAGCAGUAACGCAACGACGAUGGAGAACAAAAACACCAAACCUGCCUUAGUCACAUCGACAUCGGCUAAUAUGCAGGCAUUAUCGAUGUCCUCGGCUCCAACGUCAUCCCAAGUGACUCAGAAAUCGGUCAGGAAACCAUAUCAACCGAUUGGAUACAAGACGUUGCGUGAUCCGCCUAAGACCUGGAAUCCUACGUUGUCAAAAAACUAUUUUGCAGCAGUGAAAAAUCAGGCGAAGGAGAUGCAAACUCAGAAUAUAUCUGAAGAUACGAGCAAGCAAAUCCCAUCUAAGCCAGCCAAGAUCUUCAAGAUGCGAAACAUGCCGCGGUACUUAGGUAAUCCUGCGUCAGGCGUAAAACCUAUGUACGGAAUUUCGAACGACACGAAGGACAAGGAGCAAUCGACGACCAAUACGAAGAACGCUACUCUCAAUAUGAUGAAGAUUGAUCCGAAAACUUUGUCGCCCAUUGUCUCUACAAUCAAUUCACCGAUCGUUUCACCACCACCUUACUCGCCGAAUACUCGAAGUUAUCAGAAUACUCCGUUUUCGCGCGAUAUCUGUCGAAAUACCGGCUCUCCCAUAUCACCAAGGAACUCCCCGGUAAAUAUGUUAUCGACCAAUCCAUUUAUACCAUCUCCCACACCUAAUACGAAUCCUCGACUUAUAUAUUCCCAUUUCCCACCUCCGUUUCCAGAUGCCAGUCGAUUUCCGAAUCCUUUGAUACGAUCGCCCAUUGGAAUACCGCCUCCUAGUGCCUUUCACAGCAGUCUACCACCCUCGAUCAACAAGCUGUAUCAGCGAUCGAGUUACAUACCGCAGACUACUGGUUAUGCGCCAGUGACCGGUCAGCCACCGACCGUACAAAGAAUACCACCCAGCACGCAUUCAUCCUCACCGAAAUCGCCCAAAGUCUCAUCGCCGAGUUCGAGUUCGAUCUCAAUUUCAUCGACAUUCAAUCUCGGGAAAGCCGAGACGCAGGCAUCAUCACCAAUCACGUCGACAGUGGAUAGCGUCGCGUUACUUUUGUCUAAGAGCGUGGCCGUGCCAGUGUCGGUACCGGUACCAAUACCUGUGUCACUACAACAAGAACUUAAUGCGUUUAAUUUGUCGAAAACGGGCGGUUUAUCCCCAAAUCCGAUUUCUAAUGUUGUCAAAAUGUCGUCUACAAUGGAUACGAGUAACACUGAUGCCGGCACCGAUGUGCAGCUCGUUAAAUCAAACUCUUCCUCGAUGUCGUUCAACUUUGCGGCGAUCACGGUGAACGCGGAAGUAUCCGGAAAUUCGAGCGCGCCAAACAAUACCAAUGAACGAAAACAAAAUAAAGAAAUGGAAAUGCAAAAAGCGCAGGAAGCUGCACGAUGUAAAGAAGACAAUUCCAAAGCAAAAUGUAGUGUUGAGACUGUUGAUAAUACCGCCAGUUUGCACGACAAAAAGGAGAAGAACCAAACAAACAAGAUUAAUGGUGACGUUACAAUGGAACAAUUUGCAAAUAAGAAAUCUAAAGAAGACGGUAGAAGCGAAGAGACUACAACGACAGAAACCGAGCGAAAUGAUCAAGUAGAACGAUCUUCGUCCAAAGAACGAAAUAAUAUUCCGAAGAAUAAUGUUCAAGCUAAUAUCAAUGACCUAUCAGUGGACAAUUUCAAGAACGAAGAUCUCAGCAAGAGCGGUGAGCAGAUACAGGGUAAAAAAUCCGAAGUACAAAAAAAUAAAGCGGAGACGUGAUUGUGAGAUAAAGGGAUUAACCAUCUUUAAAUGCGCAUCACAGAUUUUGUUAUAUGUAUCAGUUGCAUUUAAUUCGACACGGUGUGGCUUAAAUAGAGGAAGCUUAUACACAGCCCAUGUUCUGAUGUUUACUGCCAAUAUUCUUUCAAAUGUUUCUAACACAUUGUUGAAUAUGUGCAUGUGUGUGUGUGUGUGUGUGUGUA